GUUUUUUGAUUUGUUUAGUGUAGUGGCGAUUAUUUUGCAUGCAAAUCUGCAGUAAACACGGCAACUGCAGUGACAGCUUUUGUGUGUUAUUUCGCUGUAUGAGUGCCGAUGUGUCAGUGUUUUUGCGCGCUUUUUCUGUGUGCUCAGUUCGUACUCAACAGCCGUUGAGUUAGGUUGGGCUUUUUACUUGCUAAUAUUCUAAACUGCAUACACUAAGGUUUUUAACGCGCGCGCUACGAGCAGAGAACUAGUAAAACGUUAUAGAAUAAACAAUUUUGUAAAUUGCUGCAACCUAGUUUUGAAAACGUCUCUACACUACACCUCCCGCCUUAAACUAAACAAGGCAAACACACACACAGUGUAUAAAGUAUACAUUAUUGAUAUGUGGUCGAGUGUCGUUAACAAAGAAAUACAAAACGGCGCCAUUAGAUACACUGCAACAUUGACAGUGUUACAAAUCAAUUAAAUAACACAUUAAGUAGUUACAAAAUCUCAACCAACCAUUACCACGUCAGACUUUGCAACCACUGCUGCAAGUGCAGCAUUUGGCAAUAAUACUACUCGUACAACUACUGGUAGUGCCAACAAUACCACAACCACCUUAACAACCCCUUCAUCGACGAACAGCGCCAACAACCCCACCACCGCCACCCACUACAGAAACAAUACUGCAACGAUGAGUAGUCGUAAAGAUGAUCCCGUAUUCAAUGUGAAAUUUGUGCAACUGGUCGAAUCGAAACCUUGUCUAUGGAAUUCAACAUUGCCCGAGUAUAGUAAGAAAGAUGAAAUACAAAAUGCUUGGCAAGAGGUGGCCAAUGAAACAAAAGAUACGGUUCGAAACUGUCGCGAGCGAUGGCGUACCAUACGCAGCAGCUUUUUACGUUCCCUAAAGUUAUCACGUACAAGUACUGGACGGGGUAAACGUAAAUAUUAUCUUUCCAAGUACUUGCAAUUCUUGAUACCGUUCACCAAGACUAGACUAAAAAACAGCAGCACCAUAAUCGCACAAAGAAAAGCAGCAGCAGCCGGAAAUAUUCCUCCUAUGACGCGUAUCAGUAACAUGCCUAUUGUUAGCAGUGAUGACACCAAAGAUUCUAGUAAUUCAGCCGAAGUGGCAGGCAUAGCAGAGGGUGAUGUUGUGGUAUCAUUACAUGAAGGAACAAUUGUAGGAGGAGUGGCUAUAGGGCAGCAUGCACCGUUGCCAUUGCCACAGCCGUUAAAUUUACAAGCCAUAAAGCAGGAGAAUGAUAUAAAAAGUAACAGUGUAAACUCUAUGAUGGCACCUAUGGAUCAAUUGCUACAGUCAUUAGAUCAACAAAGACAUUUACUAAAUCAUACAACUGCAGGAGGUGUAAACAAUAAUAGCUGCAGCAACAUUAACAAGAACAAUUUAAACAACAUCACAAAUCCCACCACAAAUAAUAAUCUUAACACUACUAAUAAUUCCGCAGCCGUUAUGAAUGCUUCCUCCUCCACUCAUAAAAAUGCGAACAUCACCAACAGCAGCAAUAGCACCUCCAACAACAACAACAACACUCAUCCAUCACAACAACAAAGUGGUUCAUUUACACAUACAACGGAAACACGCAGUGCCAGUGCUGUGGAUUUAUCAGAAUUUGCCGAAUGGAUAAAAAGUAAAAAUGAACAUCAACGCCAUUGUUUAAUGACAACUUCACCUGAUGCUGAUCAAUCAUUUCUCAAUAGUUUGCAUCCAUAUUUGAGGGAAAUGUCUGGGAAACAAAAUAGACGCUUUCGCCAAAAGGUUGUGGCUCUUAUCGAUGCUGUUCUGGAUAAUGCCGAUUGAGGCUAUUCUUUUUUAUAUUGUAUAAUAUUGUUUUCUCUUUUCAGCAUUUUAUUCUUAAUGUACAUAUACACUAUUACAUACAUACAUAUAUACUUUAUAUUACCUACACAUACAUACAUAUAUGCGAAUAUAUGGUUAACAAAAUCAAAAUAUUUUUAAUUAAUUUUUAAAAUACUUAUUUUUGUUAUUUGUUUUUAGUAUUUUAUUUGUUCAACGUUUUAGCUCACAUCUAAAUGCAUUCAAAUAAUAAAGAAAGUGCUACUUUAUUACAAAAAAA